AUGAAGCAGCGCAGGUUGAUGCGUUUCCAUGGCCUUCGUCGGCCUCGUGUCCGGCAAACAUGGAACAAGUACAACCUGUACAAUCUCGCCCGUCUGCGGACGCCCUCCCUCAACUCGAAGACCUUUUUCCAGCAGAAAUGGAUCGCCAAGUCCCUGACCCGCGGCUACCACGGAGAGCACAUCAAGGAGCAUCAGUGGGAGCGCAUGUUCAGCCGCCGUCUGCUCUCCGCAGUCAACAUGGACCCCCGCUACAUGGCCCGUUACGAUGGUAGUGAGCAGGGCGCCGGCCGCGGUUCCGGUCUCAAGGGCAUGACCGACAAGAUCAAGAACCCCGGCAACCUUAACCUGCCGACUCCUUACAUGCAGAUGACCUUUGCUCCGCAAGAACGUCGUCUGGAUAUUGCCAUCUUCCGUGCUUGCUUUGCCAGCAGUGCCAGGCAAGCCCGUCAGUUCGUCCUGCACGGCGCUGUGACGGUCAACGGGAAGAGGAUGCGCCACCCGCAAUACCUCCUCAAUCCCGGCGACAUGUUCCAGGUCAACAUUGAGCGCGUCAUGACCGCAACCGGCAAGCCGAAGCCCUACCACCAGGCCCGCGAGGCCGAGCAGCUUAUGGGCGGCUCCAAAUCCGCCGAAGGAGAGGAAGGAGAAGGGGAAGAGGCCGAGUCUAAGGAGGAGGAAAUCCCUGCCGAGGCCGAGUCCACACCCGAGGACCGCGAGGCCCGGCGCAAGGAGCACCUGCAGAAGCUGGCGGACCUAAAGAAACGCACUAAGGCCAUUAUCGAGGACAAGGCGACAGCCAAGCAGAAGAAGCAGCUGCGCGGCUUCAUCAAAGAGCUCAACAAGGCCAUCCAGCAGGCUGCGAGCAAGAAGGACCUGCGCGAAGCCAGCGAACUGCAGCGCGUCGAGGCCGGUCUUGCCGAACUCUUCGACACCCUGUCUUUGACUCCAGCAGAGCGCCACGCCAAGGAGCGUGAGAAGGCCGCUGCGGAAGCCAAGGAGGACAGCAGCGAAGAGGUCACCGAGUCGGCCAGCACUGAACCCGCCGCCGCCGAGUCUUCCCCUGCUCCCAGCAGCGAACUGGUCACCCCCUCUACCACCUCCGAGCCCGCCCAACAAUCCUCUUCCCCUUCCCAAACCACCUCCAAAUCCACCGCCGACGAACCCCUCGACCUCUCCUCCCUCGAGAAAAAGAUCCUCGCCCGGCUCCUCCGCGAAGAGCGCGAGAACCCCUACGACCCCACCAAGCCCUACAAGACGCCCUGGGAGCCCAAGCCGUGGAUGUCGCCCUUCGUCUUCAUCCCACGCUACCUCGAAGUCAAUCAGCGCAUCUGCGCCGCCGUGUACCUCCGUCACCCGGUCGCGCGCCCGGGUCGUUCCGAGGUGCCCUCGCCGUUCUCGAAUACGUUGGCGCAGUUGGCGUUUAAUUGGUAUCUUAAGAGGCGUUGA